GUUGCGACGAUUCGAAUGUCCCGCCCGCAGUUCCACCAAUGACGGACGGCCAUUUGUAUUUUGUCGAGCGUCGCGCGUUCCGAUUGGCCGUCGGCGAUUAGAAACAUUUCGUGUUGGAUGGCGAUUGGUCGGUGCAACUGAUGACAUGGGAAUCGCGCUUGCUGCUGUCAUCAUUCCGGCUUGUGGCAUGUUCGAGAGCGGCGCUCUCUGAAAACGGAACGCAACCGGGCGAAAAAUACGAGUGCGUUUUAAAUUUUUUCCGUUUCAUUCCAAAAAAACACGCUCGUUCGAAAUGAACCGAAUGCAGUUUUUGGUUCUCGGUCUGUUCCUGUUGGGAUGUUCCUGCAGGGCCGAACUCUUCGAAGGGGAGGGCACAGUGGAGACGGUCGACAUCGAUUUGGGUGCAAGCAAAGUUGGCUCGAAGACAGAUGAUGAGGUUGUUAAAAGGGAGGAGGAGGCGAUCAAAUUGGACGGACUGAAUGUGGCCCAGAUGAAGGAGCUUCGCGAUAAAUCGGAAAAGUUCACGUUCCAGGCUGAGGUCAACCGAAUGAUGAAGUUGAUCAUCAAUUCGCUGUACCGUAACAAAGAGAUUUACUUGAGGGAAUUGAUUUCUAACGCCUCCGACGCUUUGGACAAGAUUCGUUUGCUUUCGUUGACCGAUAAGGGAGUGCUGGACACGAAUCCCGAACUGAAUAUCAGGAUAAAGGCGGAUAAGGAGAACAACAUGCUGCACAUCACUGAUACUGGUAUUGGCAUGACCAAGCAGGAUCUGGUGAAUAAUUUGGGAACGAUCGCCAAGUCGGGAACGGCAGAGUUUUUGAGUAAAAUGCAAGACGCCGAAUCCGCGAAGGAUAUGAACGAUAUGAUUGGUCAAUUCGGUGUCGGUUUCUAUUCGGCUUUCUUGGUCGCCGAUCGCGUCAUCGUCACCACCAAGCAUAACGAUGACAAGCAGUACAUUUGGGAGUCUGAUGCCGCGAGUUUCAGCAUCGUGGAGGAUCCCAGAGGCGACACCCUCAAGAGGGGAUCGACCGUCAGCUUGCAGUUGAAGCCGGAGGCUAAGGAUUUCUUGGAGCAGGAGACAAUCAAGACUUUGGUGAAGAAGUACUCGCAGUUCAUCAAUUUCCCUAUUUACCUGUACGCCAGCCGCACCGAGCAGGUGGAAGAGGUUCUGGAGGAGGACGAAGUCGUCGAGGAUAAGGUCGACGAUGAGGCGGCUGUCGAAGAGGAGAAGGAAGAGGAUAAGCCCAAGACGAAGAAAGUGGACAAGACUAUCUGGGAUUGGGAGCUGUUGAACGAUAGCAAGCCGAUUUGGACGAGGAAACCGAGCGAAGUCGAGGGAAAGGAAUACGAUGAGUUCUAUCAAGCGUUGACCAAGGAUAGCAAAGAUCCUCUGGCCAAAGUGCAUUUCGUCGCUGAAGGAGAAGUCACCUUCAAGGCUUUGCUCUAUGUACCGUUGUCUCAACCCACCGAGAGUUUCAACAGGUACGGCACUAAAACCGACAACAUCAAGCUGUACGUGAGGAGGGUCUUCAUCACCGACGAAUUCAACGACAUGAUGCCAUCGUAUUUGAGCUUCAUCCAGGGCGUCGUCGAUUCCGACGAUCUUCCGUUGAACGUGUCCAGGGAGACAUUGCAGCAGCACAAACUGAUCAAGGUGAUCAAGAAGAAGCUCGUCCGCAAGGUGCUCGAUAUGCUCAAGAAGCUGAACGACGAGGACUUUGCCAAAUUCUGGAAGGAAUAUUCGACCAACGUCAAGCUGGGCGUUAUCGAGGAUCCGAGCAACAGGACCCGUCUUGCCAAGCUCCUUAUGUUCCACUCAUCCAACGGAGAGGAUCUCACCUCUUUAGCGGAUUACGCCAAGAGGAUGAAGCCCAAGCAGGAUCACAUCUAUUACAUCGCCGGCUCCAGCAAGGGCGAAGUGGAGAGAUCGCCGUUCGUUGAACGCCUUCUCAAGAAGGGCUACGAAGUUCUGUACCUGGUGGAGGCUGUGGAUGAGUACGCGAUCUCAGCCAUCCCCGAAUUCGACGGUAAGAAGUUCCAGAACGUCGCCAAAGAGGGUUUCAGUCUGAGCGAGAGUGAAGGAAGCGUGCAGCAGCUGGAACAGCUCAAGACCACCUACGAACCAUUGACCAAAUGGUUGGCCGAGGACGCUCUCAAAGAGAACAUCGCCAAGGCGACCGUCUCCGAGAGGUUGAGCGAUUCCCCGUGCGCUUUGGUUGCCAGCAUGUUCGGCUGGACCGGAAACAUGGAGCGUCUUGCCAUCUCGAACGCCCAUCAAAAAUCGGACGACCCGCAGAGAGCGUACUACCUGAACCAGAAGAAGACUUUGGAGAUCAACCCGAGACAUCCGUUGAUGAGGGAGCUGCUGAAGAGGGUGAACGACGAUCCUGCAGAUCCGGCUGCCAAGGAUAUGGCUGUGAUGCUCUUCAGGACGGCAACACUUCGCUCAGGUUUCAUGCUCAAAGAGACGGCAGAGUUUGCGGAGAGUAUCGAAGGUAUGAUGAGGAAGACGCUCGGAGUGCCAUUAGAUGAGGCCAUCGAAGAGGAGGAAGAUGUACCCGAGGAUGGAAUCCCAGAGGAGGAUGAACAUCAGGAGGAUAUCGAAGCGGAAGAACAUGACGAGCUGUAAAGGAAUCGAAAUAAUCGAGAUAGUGAAGAAAGAAACUGUUGUUGUAAACGUGCGUCGAGUGUUUACCGUGAAUUGUUGAAGAAAUGAAAUUGUGAAAUGAAGUUCGCGAGAGAUUUAUAUAAGCUAUUAAGACUGUA